CGGCCCGGAGGCCUCGGCCUCCUCCAUCCUCCGGCCGGAGCUGGGCUCGCUGCCCCCGGGACCGCUGGAUCGCGCUUCCCGCCGCCGGCCCCCGGCGCUUUCUUCCCGGAUCGGGCUCGGCGUUCGUUCGGCCCCGCCGCCGCCCCGGGCAGCCGCGCUGCAGCGCUUCCCCGGCGCUCCCAGCCCCCUGGGCGGGCCUGGCCCGCGCCACCUGUCCGGAGCUCUCCGCCAGGGCCUCCCUCCCUGGCUCACCCCGCUCCCGGGGCAAGCCUCUCCCCAGAGGCACCGGGAGACCGCCCGCCCGCGCGCGCGCGCCUCCGAUCCGGAGGCUCCCCUGCUCUCCUUGCCAAUGGCUCGGGGGGCUUGUGUGUUCCGGGGCUCCGGGCCGUGCGUAUGAAACGUGAGGAGGCCGUCCUCGGGGGAGCUCCUCUCCCGGCCGGGCGCCCGCCCUGAGCAGCGGUGGCUGCCGGCCCGCCGCGGGAAGCCGACUUCGGCCGAGGCAGGGCUGUGCUGUCAACAACAACAGCAAGACAACAGUCAGCUGCCCAGUUCUCUCCCAGGUCCACCUCAUGGUACUCGUUAGGAGGCCCUGCUGAACCCACAGACUUCUCUCCCCGCCUCUCUUGAGUGGAUGGCUCCGGUCUUUCAGCAGAGAUGGCAUUAAGCAGCAGCAAUGGCAGAACCAGGGAAAGUGCUGGCACGGGAUGGGAGCGUGGCUGUUCAUCGCCCAAACGCGCGCUCUGGUGGGCCGUGCUGCUUGCCGGCCUACUCGGCGGGGCUCGGGGAGUCCCCGACGCUAACUUCAGCGUGGCCCCCGGCUCCAAAACCCCACUCUCAAAGGGCAGGUAUCUGAGCAUUGGGGAAGACUCCGUCAUGGAGUUUGAGUUCCCAGAGAAAAGCAAGGGCAUCAUCGUGGUCUCUAGUUGUUACCCAGCCCAGAGUAACAGGACGGCAUUCGGGCCCGUGUUGAGCGUCACCUCUCUGGACACAGAGGUGCUGAGCAUUGAGAACGUGACCGCCCAGAGCUGGGACAACAGCCACUUUGUGGUGAACAUCCAGUCUGGCCUGGCCGGCCUGGCGCCGCUGCGCAUCCGGCUGCUCGACCUCCAGAAGGUUCCCCCUAUGUUGAUCGAGGAGCGACAAGAUUUUCUCAUCAAAGUUUCUCCCGUGGAAGACGAUGCUCCCGGCCACCAGGGAGGCCUGGGCCGCUUCUCGGAGAGCCCGGUGCUCUACGUGCUGCUUCCGUUCGUCUUCGUCAACAAGUGUGCGUUUGGUUGUAAGGUGGAGCUGGAGGGUUUGAAAGGGCUGGUGAAGAGUCCCCAUCCGGUGCUGCUGGGCAUCGUGGGCCAGUUCCUCCUCAUGCCCCUCUAUGGCUUUUUAAUGGCCAAGGUCUUCACUCUGCCCAAGGCCUUGGCGCUGGGACUCAUUAUCACCUGUUCCACGCCCGGCGGGGGAGGAAGCUACCUUUUUAGCCUGCUCCUCGGGGGGGACGUGACCCUGGCCAUCUCCAUGACCCUGAUCUCCACGGUGGCAGCCACGGGCUUCAUGCCACUGUCCUCCGCGCUCUACGGCCACCUCCUCAGUGUCCACGAGACGCUGCACAUUCCUUUCUCUAAGAUCCUCCUGACCUUGCUCUUCAUCGCCAUCCCCAUCUCCGCCGGCAUGGUCAUCAAGUAUAAAAUGCCCAGGGUUUCCAGAGUCCUGCUCAAGGUCAUCAAGCCUUUCAGCGUCGUUCUCAUCCUAGGGGGGCUCUUCCUGGCCUGCCGAAUGGGGGCUUUCAUCUUAGCCGACGUCAGGCCCCCGAUUGUGCUCGCGGGGCUGACGGUGCCCCUGGCUGGCCUCUUGGUGGGCCACACUCUGGCGGCCUGCCUCAAGCUCUCCGUACCCCAUCAGCGGACAGUCAGCUUCGAGGUGGGCAUACAGAACAGCUUGCUGGCUCUCGCUGUGCUUCAGCUGUCCUUCCGACACCUGCAGGCUGACCAAGCCUCCCAGGCCCCCUUCAUCGUGGCCCUCAGCAGCACCUCCGAGAUGCUGGCCCUCGUCAUCGGCCACUUAGCCUACAAUAGCCUCUACUCUGUCACCUAAGGCUUCUGCCUUCCUCCUCCUGCCCCCACCAGAAGUUAUCAGAUACCAAAGGCCUUCAGUCUCUAUGCACUAUGCACCCAAAGUCCGGGCUUAGCUUUUUUUUUAAACCAGUGUUUUUUUAUUCCUGCCGGCCAUGGCCUUCGGUGCCAAGAGGAAGGGGCAGGCGGCUAGGGAGAAGGGUUAGCGAACGCAUUUGAAUAAAGAGAGAGAAGGAAGUUCUGAGUGAUGAAAAUUCUCUGCCCUCUUGCAUUUGGGAGAGGCCGAGGGGCGGGGAGGCCGAGAUCCCGGGCGUGGGCGUCAAGGGUAAGGCGGUACCUGCGGCUUCCAGCUUGCCUUUUGGCAAGUAAUUCUUUAGUUGCCGUUCCCAAGAACGGCAGAAGAAAAGCCCAGCUGAAGCUUCCAGAACCCGGACCUGGCCAUUUGGGGUCGUGGAUUCCUAUCAGUCUACCCGGAACCCCAAGCCUGGCUCUUGUUCUACUGCUGCCCACAGCUCACUGACCCCAUUAUACCCGGGCCCCUUUGUUGCUGCUUUGUUUGACAUGUUUAAACCUACUGGGACCACCGUCCCGGGUCCAGUUAUCUCCUCUCAGAGGACUUAGGCUCCCAUCCCUGUGGUAUAGGGAGCCUAGCACUCCAUGGCUUUUGUGCCCCGAGGAAGGCAGCUUUUAGUUUCUUCAAAGAGAGGAGUCCAAGCCGUUAGCAUUGUCUUCAGGGACAAGCUCGGGCCCUUCUCGGCCGGCCCUCACGUCCGCGUAUUCCUUCCACUCCUUAUGGACGAAUCAAAAAGGGUAAUUUUUGUUAGGAGAGGGACACCAGAACCCUCACCUGCCCCUGUCUCUUUCUCCAGUAAUUGUGACAAGGUGGAAGAGAAUGACAAGUAUCCAGCCAGGUUGGCUUUGACUAUGUGUGUGUGUGUGUGUGUGUGUGUGGCUGUUGUGACCAUGUGUGUGACUCUGUGCCCCAGCUCGGGGGCAGAGGUAGACACGAGCUGAACAGCUACCUGAUGCCGUUCUCCCGUGAACUCCUUGAAAAAAGAAGGGUCUCGGGGAGUGUGUAGCAUUGCAGCAACUUGAAGCGCAGUGGAAGGCCCUGCCCUGACCGCCCCCCCGUGGAGGCACCCUUCUUGUGGCCCAUUCUUGGGUCAGGUAUCUGGCAGCUUGAGUUCCUAGAGGGAGCUCGAUCUGUGUGUGCCCACAGCAGAAGGGGCUGGGCUUCUUCUGCCCACGGCUGGGAUCAAAGCCCCACCCUCUCACCAGUAGAAGCUGUCAUGGAAUGGAAGCUUGGGUAGCUGCCACAGUGUGGCCUCCUGCUUCCACCACUAGCCCAGCCCAGUGCAGCUUCAGCGACUAGUCUGAAUUUUAAGGGCAGGAGAAUUGCCUGCAAUGUUUUCCAGAAGCCAGGCUGCUUGUGCUUCCUUUAGCUGCGGACUGUGGAGGGGGAGUUAUAUUUUUACAUCAUUUCUUCUUGUAUUAUUUGUUUUUGAAUUCCAAUUAUUAAAGUGAUUUUCAUUGGA